AUGAACAUAGUGGACUCAAUUAUAACGUACGAAAUACCGGAACCAUCGGACGCACUAACCGUUAAUGAAUACGAUAUGUUAACCGACAUAAAACAUAAUACGGACACAGCCUUAAGCCAUGCGAGGGAUCAGUUACUAUACCUGAACAACACAUUGUCACAACUGAAAGCAUCGGGGGUUAAAGUAUUGGUACUUCGCAUCGCUUACUGGGAAUUGUCUUUAAAUAUAAUCGACGAACUGAUGCAACAGUUGUUGAUAGAGAGGGAUGUCAUCGACGAGUACAGAGUGUCCAACAAUAAUACUCGACCAGAAGUACAACAUGUGUUGAAUAAAUUGACCCGUAUUAUUAUGUCUUUACACAGCUAUGUGAGAGAACAAAAUGACCGAUUUGUACGUAUGCGCUUUUAUCAAUCUAAAAUAUGCUACCCUGGUCAAGAGUUUGGAUUUGUGCGCGGUUUAGGCGAUGGUUACGGUAGGCACGUGGUUCGCGGCAGCGACCUAAAUAAAGACUCAGAUGAUGACGAUUAA